UGUAAGGUGGGCAUUCUUCCCACUGACCACCAAUGUAAGGAACAUUCUUCCCACUGAUGCACCAAUGUGGGGCGCAUUCUUCCCACUGACCUCCAAUGUAAGGGACAUUCUUCCCACUGAUCACCAAUGUAAGGGGACAUUCAUUCCCACUGACCUCCAAUGUAAGGAGCAUUCCUUCCCACUGACCCCCAAUGUAAGGAGCAUUUCCUUCCCACUGACCACCAAUGUAAGGGACAUUCUUCUCACUGAUCACCAAUGUAAGAAACAUUCUUCCCACUGCAACCAUCAUGUAAGGAACAUUCUUCCCACUGAUCACCAAUGUAAGGGUACAUUCUUCCCACUGACCACUCCAAUGUAAGGGACAUUCUUUCCCACUGAUCACCAAUGUAAGGGGCAUUCUUCGCCGCUGAACACCAAUGUAAGGGACAUUCUUCCCACUGAUCACCAAUGUAAGGAACAUUCUUUCCUCUUGGCCCACUGACCUCCAAAGUAAGGGAGCCAUUCUUCCCACUGACCACCAAUGUAAGGGACAUUCUUUCCCACUGACCACCAAUGUAAGGGACAUUCUUCCCACUGAUCACCAAUGUAAGGAACAUUCUCCCACUGACCUCCAAUGUAAGGG